CCGAUUAAAGUCAAUGGCGACUUACUUCUGAACUAAGCCCACCGGAGAGGAUGCACCGAGCUGGCCGGGGGGGGGGGGGCACGCAUGCCGCUCUCGAUCGAGCAGCAGCCCUCCUCUUGCCCAGAAAAGAGCUACGUUGGUUUUGUAACGCGGUAGUUUCCCCGGCUAGCCCCAUCUGGCACCUCCCAGCGCCAAGCAUCCCUUUCCACCCGCGAGUGACGUAGAAGCAGCAGGGGAGGAAAGCAUGAAUCAGGCCGUGGGAAGGCGCGAGGCCGCUUCGCCUGCCAGGGGAAGGGAGGAGAGAGCACUGGAAGGAAGCGGGUGACGCGCUUAGGAUGCGCCGUGGGAGCGGGCGGGGCUGGGGGAACGCGCCGUACCUCACGGUAUAGCUGGGGCUUCCUUUGCUAACGUCACCGGUUUUGGACAGGCUGAGUUUGCAUGAGACGUCAUGGCGUCCGUGGUAUUGAGCGAAGCGGAGAAAGUGUACAUCAUGCACGGUGUCCAGGAGGAUCUUCGGGUUGAUGGCCGUGGCUGUGAAGAUUAUAGAUGUAUUGAAGUGGAAACAGAUGUUGUAUCUAAUACAAGCGGUUCUGCUCGAGUGAAACUAGGACACACAGAUAUCCUGGUUGGAGUGAAAGCAGAAAUGGGAACUCCCAAGCUGGAUAGACCAAAUGAAGGCUACUUGGAAUUCUUUGUGGAUUGUUCAGCAAAUGCCACUCCUGAAUUUGAAGGCCGUGGUGGAGAGGAACUUGGCACAGAAAUCGCAAACACCCUUUACAGAAUAUUUAACAAUGAAAGUAGCAUAGACUUGAAGUUGCUUUGUAUUAAUCCCAGAGAGCACUGUUGGGUGCUUUAUGUAGAUGUCUUGCUACUGGAAUGCGGUGGCAACUUGUUCGAUGCUAUCUCUGUUGCAGUCAAAGCUGCACUGUUUAAUACCAGGAUACCCAAAGUGCGUGUUUUGGAGGAAGAAGGAGGACGGGAAAUUGAACUUUCUGAUGAUCCCUUUGACUGUAUUCGACUUAAUGUUGAGAACGUACCCUGCAUUGUCACACUCAGCAAAAUUGGCUAUAGGCAUGUAGUGGAUGCCACCCUUCAGGAGGAAGCGUGCUCUUUAGCUAGCCUCCUCAUUUCUGUCACCAGUAGAGGUACUCUAACUUGUAUGAAGAAAGUAGGGAGAGGAAGCCUUGAUCCAGAAAGUAUAUUUGAGAUGAUGGAGACAGGAAAGAGAGUAGGAAAGCUUUUGCACACCUCCCUGCAAACUGUCUUAGAUGAAGAAGAGAACCUUGGAACAACGCGCAAAAAAGUUGGAUUCUUGGGAUGAACUCCAUUGUUACAGCCAACUGAAUGGAAAUCUAUUGAGAGUUUUUAUUUGUAGUUUUUUUUAAAAAAAAACAAAGAUUAAUGUAUAUUCUUUAAAUAAAGGCACAGAGGUUUUUUCCA